GAACGAAGUGAAGCCAAAGCGCUGUGACUUAUUGAAUGAGUUCUAUGAAGCAUCACCUGUUCCCACUUCCUGCAGUGUAAACUGGAUUUGAAGGGCAAGGAUGACCCAGCAAAUGCAAAAUCUACAGCUUACUCAGUCUAAAAAAAUCACAGCGCCCUCUUCACCCAAUGCUGCCAAGCGCCUCUAUCGAAAUCUCUCUGAAAAACUGAAAGGCAGCCACUCGUCAUUUGAUGAGGCUUAUUUCAAAGCAAGAGCGGACCGCUUUCGCAAGCCCUCUGUAAACUUCCAGUGCAAUGAAGCCAUAUUUGAGGCCGUGGAGCAGCAGGACUUGGAGGCCGUCCAGAUUCUUCUGUACCAGUAUACAGCUGACGAACUGGACCUUAAUACUCCCAACAGUGAGGGAUUGACCCCCUUGGAUAUUGCUAUCAUGACGAACAAUGUACCCAUUGCUCGAAUACUGUUGAAGGCUGGAGGCAAAGAAAGCCCCCACUUUGUGAGCCUGGAGAGCAGAUCGAUGCAUUUGAGCACACUGGUAGAGGAAGCCCAGCAGCGAAUGAAUGAACUGUCAGCCAAGAUACAGAUUGAAGGUUUGGGAAUAGACAGCAGUGAGAAGGAGAAACAGCUUAAGUCUUGGGAGUGGAGAUAUCGCUUGUACAAAAGAAUGAAGACUGGUUACGAACAUGCAAGAGUCCCUGAGGCACCAACCAAUGUCUGCCUCAUGAUCACAAGCAGUUCGUCCCUCACCGUCACCUUCCAAGAGCCUCUAAGUGUCAACUCGGCUGUUGUGACCAAAUACAAAGUUGAAUGGAGCACCUCAUCAGACUUCACUCCCUUGGCUGGUGAAAUCAUUGUGGAUCAUCUACAGUCCUUAAAAUGUACCAUCACAAGCCUUACAAUGGGUAAGGAGUACUAUGUUCGUGUUUCUGCCUGCAAUAUGAAAGGAUGGGGGCCAGCUGAACUUUCCAGCCCUGCUUGCGCAUCUCCUUCCAACUGGAAAGACUACGACGGGCGAGAGUUCAGGCACAAGGGACAGAUUGAAGCGCUGGAGCGUCUCCUGCAGCAGGUCCGAGCUGUUCAUCAACAUUACAGCUGUCGAGAAAGUGCGAAAUUACAAAACCCAAGUCGCAAGCAGUCCGUGUCCAGAAGUCUGAAGCAUCUUUUCCACUCAUCAAACAAAUUUGUGAAGACAUUAAAAAGAGGUCUGUAUAUAGCUGUGAUAUUUCACUACAAAGAUAACAUGUUAGUGACCAAUGAAGAUCACAUUCCAAUAGUGGAAAUCGAUGAUUCUUGUACCAGUUCAAUUAUGCAAGAUUUUGUCUGGUUUACAAAGCUGUCCUAUAUGUGGGAUGACAUCAGGUGGGUGCGGCAGAGUAUGUCAAUCUCUAUGUCCUCAUCCACUGCCUUACAGGCCCGACAGAAGAUGUUGGCAGCAGCUGCUCAACUUCAGAACUUGCUUGGCACUCACAACUUAGGCCGGGUAUAUUACGAGCCCAUAAAGGACAAACACGGCAAUGUCUUGAUUGUCACCAUUCGAGAAGUCGAGACCUUGUAUUCUUUUUUCAAUGGCAAAUGGAUGCAAAUCUCAAAACUGCAAAGCCAGAGGAAAUCCCUGUCAACUCCCGAGGAACCAUCAGCCCUGGACAUCUUACUCAUAACCAUCCAGGAGAUGCUGAAUUAUCAGAAGCGGGGUCAGCAACGCCUUUCCCCAGGACUGUAUCUGGGUUAUCUUAAGCUGUGUAGCUCUGUUGAUAAAAUCAAAGUUCUCGUCUCCCAGAGGGUUCCCAAUAUGCUGUGCCAUGUCAAGAUACGGGACAACAGUAAUAUUUCCAAAGAUGAAUGGGAAUGGAUUCAAAACCUAUCCAUGGCUGAGAAUCUGGACAGCAUGGAGCUCUCCCUGGACGCACAUACCCACAUGUUACUCUGUGACCUACAGACAGCAGUGAAGGCCCUACUCAAACAGAUCAAUCUACCUCUUCACCAGGCCAAGCACUUCCGUCUGUACACACAGGAGGUGUUGGAGCUGGGUCACAAUGUCUCCUUUCUUCUGUUGCUCCCUGCCUCAGACGAUGUCUGCAGUGCCCCAGGACAGAGUAAUCCGUACACCCCACACUCAGGAUUCCUUCACCUCCCCCUUCAGAUGUUUGAGCUAGUUCACUUUUGCUGCUACAGAGAGAAGUUUAUCAGCUUAUAUUGUCGGCUGUCUGCUAUAGUAGAGCUGGACUCCUUAAUAUCCCAGCAGGCCUUGCGAGAAGCAAUUUCAGAUGACGAGGUUGCAGCUGCAAAGCAGAGGCAUCAGCAAGUAUUGGACUACAUACAGACCAGCCCAUUUCCCAAGGGGGUGAUAGUCCCCGUUUUGGAGGCAGAGAAAUUCCAGGAAUUCUAUUCCAACUUUUUCACGGUUUCCAAAGCAAAACGGAGGGGUCGCACUAUACAUGAUCUGAAGGUUCUCAACAGGUUCCUUCAGGUCCAAAAGUUCUGUAUGGACUCUACCAAGUCGAUCAUUACCUCCCUCCAACAGGCAGAGUCCCUGGUCUUGGUUGACAUCAAGGAUGCAUACUUGCAUAUCCCCCAUUUUUCCUGUUCACUAACUUGCUGUGGGCACAUGUGA